AUGUUGUCCAGGAAAGGACUCAUUCCUGAGGAUUACCUGCUGACGCGUCUGGCUGAGGGGGUCGUCCAGCCCAAGUUCAUAGCGAAACCGGGGAAAGCUCGGUUCGUCGCCAAGAACGGCACCUGCAAUGUUGCGCACACCAACAUCCGAGAGCAGGGCCGCUUCCUGCAGGACGUCUUCACCACCCUGGUCGAUUUAAAAUGGCUCCACACGCUCGUCAUCUUCACCAUGUCCUUCCUGUGCAGCUGGCUCCUCUUCGGGAUGAUCUGGUGGCUCGUCGCCUUUGCGCACGGCGACUUGGACCAAAGGGGAAACGACUUUGUCCCGUGCGUAACGGGCAUCCACUCCUUCUCCUCCGCGUUCCUCUUCUCCAUAGAGGUGCAGGUGACCAUCGGCUUCGGCGCCCGGAUGAUCACGGAGGAGUGCGUCUCCGCCAUCAUCAUCCUGAUCGUGCAGAACAUCGUGGGCCUGGUCAUCAACGCCAUUAUGCUCGGCUGCAUCUUCAUGAAGACGGCGCAGGCCAACCGGCGCGCGGAGACGCUCAUCUUCAGCAAGCACGCGGUCAUCUCCGUGCGCAACAACAAACUGUGCUUCAUGGUCCGCAUCGGCGACCUGAGGAAGAGCAUGAUCAUCAGCGCCAGCGUGCGGAUGCAGGUUGUCCGGAAAACCACGACGGAGGAGGGCGAGGUGGUGCCGCUGGACCAGAUCGACAUCCACAUGGACAACCCGGUGGGCACCAACGGCAUUUUCCUGGUGUCCCCCCUCAUCAUCUGCCACGUGAUCGACAAGGACAGCCCCCUGUACGAUAUGUGCGCCUCCGACCUGCAGCACGAAGAGCUGGAGGUGGUGGUGGUGCUGGAGGGGGUGGUGGAGACCACCGGCAUCACCACGCAGGCCCGGACCUCGUACGUGGCGGAUGAGAUCCUGUGGGGCCAGCGCUUCGUGCCCACGGUGGCCGCGGAGGACGGCAUGUACGCGGUGGACUACUCCAAGUUCGGCAACACGGUGAAGGUGCCGACCCCGUGCUGCAGCGCCAAGAAGCUGGACGCGGCGGGGGGCAUCGCCCGGUUCAAGCUGAGCGAGGGCGUCACCUUGCGGCCGUCCGUGAGAAGGCGCCAGGCCUCCUCGGGGAUGCGCAGGUCCCGGAUGGACGUUUGA